AUGUCUCCCGAGAUUGUGUUUCAGAGUCUCGUAGGUCUUUGGACUCAACCCGAAUGGAGAAAGCGGUUACGAGCAGUCGUUGUGGAUGAAGCCCAUUGUAUUGGGACUUGGGGCCUGGAAUUCAGGAAGCAUUAUGGACUUCUCGGACAACUGCGCUCCAAGGUCGCCCGGACAACAUGUUUUCUUGCGAUCUCGGCCACUUUGCCACCUGCCCUUCUUUCGACAGUCAUCAGCACUCUGUAUUUCAAGAAGAACAUUGAGGUCGUUAACGUCGGCAACGACAGGAUCAACGUCAAAUACAUCGUCGUGUUUCAGCGUUUCAAGACAAAAACUUUUGAGGAUCUCCGUUUUCUGAAGGAUGGACUCAAGACGAUUGUUUAUUUUCAAUCGAUCGAUGACGCUGAGGCUGCCUCUAGAUACCUCAGGGGACUCAUGGACGCGGACAAGGUCGCCGUCUACCAUGCGAUGAAGUCUGACGAGCUAAAGGUCAAGCGCAUGAAUGAUUUCAAGGCCAACCGCAUAUAUGUAUUGCUGUCGACGGAGGCAGCAGGAAUGGGGUGCGAUAUCAGUGACGUUGUCCGCGUCGUCCAGUAUGGAUAUCCCAACAAUAUCUCGACUCUUGUUCAACGACUUGGUCGAGCGGCGCGCGAUCCACACAUUUCUGGGUCCGGGAUUCUUCUUGUGCCACGACGUGAUAUCCAGUCGAUUGAACCGGCACUCAAAAAAUAUGUCACCUCGACCACCUGUCGACGCAGAUAUCUGAAUUCGUAUUUCAACAACCAACACCAGGAUCUAGAAAACUGUUGCGACAUAUGUAACCCCGAAUUUGUCAUGGAAACGGGAAUUGCGGGGACCAGUAAAAUUAAGAAAGGUCGGCCACCAUUACGGGCAGGAGCAGAGAAGGCUCGCGCAUUGGAGGUGAUCAAGGCCUGGAGGCUUGACGCUUUCAAUCUCUUCUACAAGGAUCGCUGCUAUCUAGUGGGCUUAGGCAGUGUGAUGCCUGAUUCAAUGAUGGACAAGCUAGCAGCCAAAAGCGCCGCUGUCGUCAAGAUACCAGCACCAGAACCACCAACAGCCACAUCAGAGUCUAUCAAAGAAUUCAAACAGCACAUGCUAGAGCUCAAACGACUACUAUCGAGUGAUUCGAAAGAUGAAUUGCAGGAAUGGGAUAAGAAGCAACUGCAAGAGCAGCAGCAACAGCAACAGCAACGGCAAGAGCAAGAGCAACAGUACCAGCAACGGCAACAGCAAUGGCACCAGCAAUCGCAACAGCAACAGCAACAGCGACAGGAACAGCAACAGAUCUUGCUACAGAGAUGGCAAAAGCAACAGCAGCAGCAACAGCAACAGCAACAGCAACUGGAACAGCUAAAGCAACAGCACAAGCAACUGGAACAGCAACAGCAACAGCAAAUGGAACAGAUAGAGCAACAGCAACAACGACUGGAACAGCAACUGCAAGAGCAAGAGCAAGAGCAAGAGCAACAGCAACAGCAACAGCAACAGCAACAGCAACAGCAACAGCAACAGCAACAGCCAAAGCGGCAACAGAUUGAACAACUGGAGCAGUUGGAGCAACACGAGCAACAGACUCUUAAACGACAACGUCAAAGGAAACAACCACCGACACAAAGAGCACAAUGCCCUUUCAGAGUCAAGACCGCCAUGAAUUUUUCAAAAAAAACCUGA